AUGGCUUCUUCAACAGCUACCGCAACACCUUCACGACUUAAUACCUUCGAGCGACCACCCUUACGAACCGACUUUGAAAAGCGUGUUGAUGAUGUAAAACCAAUGAAGAGUGACAUCAAUGCUCUGAUUUUAGAUUAUCUCACAACCGAAGGUUACCCAUCUGCCGCCGCAAGAUUCUCUAAAGAAGCAAAUCUUAAUCCACAACAAGAAGAAGAGUCUGUCAAAGCUCGCCAAGCUAUUCAACAUUCCAUUCAUUUGGGAAGUAUACAAGAUGCUAUAGAGGCACUGAAUGAACUAGAACCUCAGGUUCUCGAAAACGACCCAGCUCUCCAUUUCUCGCUUUUACGAUUACAACUAGUUGAGCUCAUACGGAGUUUGAACAAAGCUAUACUGCAAUCUCAAAAUAAACGUCGAGACGCAGCCAUUAGAGACCUCGUUCAUCUACGUGCCUGGGCUGAGAAUAGUGCACGAGAUGGGAAAAAAGCGAUACCAGAUUCCAUCGGACUGGGUCUAGAUGGGGAUAAUGAUGACCGUGUUGAUGGUGACGAUGAUAAUAUACAUGGGGAUGGAUCCCACGCCCACGAAGCAAUGAUGAUGACAUGA